UGUUCAGAUGCAGGUUAUGUGGAAUUGUCAAUUAACCUAACAAUUAUUGUUUUGGUUGUCUUUGAAUUAUAUUUACUCCAUAAUGUCGAAAAUUGAUCCAAGUUCACCUUUAUCACAAGAACUUGCCAUAGAAAUUCUCAACAAAACUUUGGACCAUUUAAAUUUGCCAGAAAACUCUCAGAAGAUCGAUGAAGCCCGAGACAAUGUUGGCAAUGAAAUGCUCAAAAUGAUGCAGUUUAUUUUCCCCAUUGUGAUGCAGAUUCAAAUAGAAGUUAUCAGGGACUAUGGAUAUCCGGAGAGUAGGGAAGGUAUAAUUAAAUUCACUCAAAUGGUGAGGAAUUUAGAAAGAGAAGAUGCUGAGGUUGCCCGACUUCAUGGCCUCGUUAAGGCCUAUUAUUUGCCACCGGUCUCAGCACAUACGAGUAAUGAAUCUGGAGAGGAAAAAACGAGCAGCAAUUAAUAUAGUACACAAGCGAGAAAUGAAGCUAAAAAUCUUCCAACUGCAAUUCGUAAUGCAUUGGAUUGAAGAAUAAAUCACAUUCACUUUAGCACCUGCAGACAACAGGAUACUUUAAUUAAAUUAAAUCUUACUGAAAAACUAAUGCUGAAGUUUGUUUUAAAUAUUUUAUUUGGGAAGUUUUGCUAUGCAGGACUAAGUUAGUCAAUGUAAAUAUAGAUCUAUUUAAUACUCUAAUACAAAAAUAGUUAACGUUAAGAAUAUUUUCACCUGAGCUGCUAAUUUGGCAGUUUUGAUUUUUUGAUACAAUUGGAAUUUGUUUAUUUCUUCAGAUUGUUUUAUAUCAAUGGAUUGUAAAACCGACAAGCACUAUAAAGUCCACAAAGAACAUAAAUCAAGUGCAAUACAAAAGAUGUAUUAUCCACUACAAGUUAAAUGAAAAUGUUCCAGUGUACGAAAUAUAUCAAUACUACAUUUA